UCGCUCUAUGGGUCUCCCGGCGGCUGUCACACUUGAACACCAGCAGGCAGGAGAGCUGUGCUGAAACUUUGGCGUUUUUCAAUGUCUCUGUUUAAUAAACGACUGCAGACGCGGAGUGCGGAGAUGUUUCUGGGGUAAAAGAGGCUGUUGUGAAGCGGUAUGGCAGCGCCCGAGUUGUACUCAAAGUUUGCUCGGAUCUGGAUCCCAGACACCGCAGAGGUGUGGAGAUCAGCAGAUCUGACCGCUGACUACAGACCUGUAGAUAAUGUCCUGCAUUUACAGCUGGAGGAUGGCACGGAGUCUGAGUACAAACUGGAUCCGAAGAACACCGUCUUGCCCCCUCUCCGUAAUCCAGACAUCCUGGUGGGCGAGAAUGACCUCACGGCUCUCAGCUAUCUCCACGAACCCGCCGUGCUGCACAACCUCCGGGUCCGAUUCACAGACUGCAAGCUUAUCUACACUUACUGCGGGAUCAUUCUGGUUGCCAUUAAUCCUUAUGAAAAGCUGCCGAUCUAUCAAUCAGACAUCAUCAAUGCAUACAGUGGGCAGAACAUGGGUGACAUGGACCCUCAUAUAUUUGCUGUGGCCGAGGAGGCUUUCAAACAGAUGGCCAGAGAUGAGAAGAAUCAGUCUAUCAUCGUCAGUGGGGAAUCUGGUGCGGGGAAGACCGUUUCUGCCAAAUACGCCAUGCGUUACUUCGCCACGGUCAGCGGCUCCUCGGCUGAGACCUGCGUGGAGGAAAAAGUGUUGGCGUCCAGCCCUAUCAUGGAGGCUAUUGGAAAUGCCAAAACGACCCGAAAUGACAACAGCAGUCGCUUUGGGAAGUACAUUGAGAUCGGGUUUGACAGGAAGCAUCAGAUCAUCGGGGCGAACAUGAGGACGUACCUGCUGGAGAAAUCCAGAGUUGUAUUUCAGGCAAGCGAGGAGAGAAACUAUCAUAUCUUCUAUCAGCUUUGUGCCUGUGCUCAUCGACCUGAAUUUGCCCCUCUGAAGUUAGGUAGCACUGAGGACUUCCCUUACACGAAUCAAGGCAGCAGUCCUGUCAUAGAGGGUGUGGAUGACUUUAAAGAGAUGCAGGCCACCAGGAAAGCCUUUUCACUGCUGGGAAUUACCGAGACGUACCAAAUGGGUUUAUUCCAAAUCCUGUCUGCGAUCCUUCACCUGGGUAAUGUGGAGAUGAAAGAGAGGGGUUCAUCUAGCUGCGGCGUCUCGGAUGAAAGUGGCCACCUGGCAGUGUUUUGUGACCUCGCGGAAGUGUCGCACGAGUCCAUGGCUCACUGGCUGUGCCACAAAAAACUCAAGACCGCCACGGAGACCUUAAACAAGCCCGUCACUAGAACAGAGGCGGUGAACGGCCGCGACGCUCUCGCCAAACACAUUUACGCCAAACUGUUCUCGUGGAUCGUCGGCGAGGUCAACAAAGCUCUGAGCACUUCUUCAAAACCUCACUCGUUCAUCGGUGUGCUGGACAUCUAUGGGUUCGAGACCUUCGAGGUGAACAGCUUCGAGCAGUUCUGCAUCAAUUACGCCAAUGAAAAGCUCCAGCAGCAGUUUAACAUGCACGUGUUCAAGCUGGAGCAGGAGGAGUACAUGAAAGAGCAGAUCCCCUGGACGCUCAUCGAUUUCUACGACAACCAGCCGUGCAUCAACCUCAUCGAAGCCAAGAUGGGGCUGCUUGAUCUUUUAGAUGAAGAAUGCACUAUGCCCAGAGGUUCAGAUGAGUCCUGGGCGCAGAAGUUGUACAACACCCACUUAAAGAAAAGCUCUCACUUUGAGAAGCCACGUAUGUCCAACACGGCUUUUAUCAUUCAGCACUUUGCAGACAAGGUUGAAUAUCAGUGUGAUGGGUUUCUGGAGAAGAAUAAAGACACAGUCAAUGAGGAACAAAUCAACGUGUUGAAGGCCAGCAAGUUCCCCCUGCUGGUCGAGCUCUUCCAGGAUGAAGAAACCCCUCCAGCUUCAAAAACCACAGCGCCGUCCAGCCGUGCAAAGAUCGGACGGACCACCCAGUCAUUCAGAGAGCACAAGAAAUCUGUCGGACUGCAGUUCCGAAAUUCUCUGCACCUGCUCAUGGAGACGCUGAACGCCACCACCCCACACUACGUGCGCUGUAUCAAACCCAAUGACAUCAAAGCUCCCUUCACGAUGGACCCUCAUCGAGCGGUCCAGCAGCUCAGAGCGUGUGGAGUCCUGGAGACCAUUCGUAUCUCAGCCGCCGGCUUCCCCUCCAGGUGGACUUAUCAGGAGUUCUUCAGUCGCUAUCGUGUUCUCAUGAAGCAAAAAGAAAUCCUCUCCGACGGAAAACUCACUUGCCAGAAUGUUCUAGAGCGGCUCGUGCAGGACAAGGAUAAAUACCAGUUUGGAAAAACAAAGAUCUUCUUCCGGGCUGGACAGGUGGCUUAUCUGGAGAAGCUGAGGGCAGACAAACUCCGUAAAGCCUGCAUCCGCAUCCAGAAGACCAUUCGCUGCUGGCUCGCUCGCAAGAAGUACCUGCGUAUCCGUCAGGCGACCAUCACCAUACAGAGAUACGUGAGGGGAUACCAGGCUCGCCGUUUGUGCGAGACCCUGAGACGGACACGGGCAGCGGUGAUCUUUCAGAAGAAUGUUCGCAUGUGGGCGGCGAGACGACAGUUCCUGCGACAGAAAGCUUCAGCGAUUCUCGUUCAGAGGUUACUGCGGGGCUACGCGGCCAGAGUGGAAUACAAACAGUUGGUGUGCGAGCACAAGGCUCGACUGAUCCAGCGCUGGGUGCGAGGCUUCCUGGCCCGCUGGCGUUACCGUCGCAUCAGACGUGCCGUGUUGUAUCUGCAGUGCUGCGUGCGCAGGAUGCUGGCCCGACGAGAGCUCAAGAAACUCAAGAUCGAGGCCAGAUCCGUCGAGCACUUCAAGAAGCUCAACGUCGGCAUGGAGAACAAGAUCAUGCAGCUGCAGUGGAAACUGAAUGAGCAGCAUAAGGAGAACCGAGAGCUUUCAGAGAGAACGAGCGUACUGGAGAGCCACAGUGCCGCCGAGUUGGAGAAGUUGCACGUGCAGCUCAGGACCCUUCAGGUGGCUGAAGAGGAUGCUCGUCACCGUGGAGACCAAGUGUCAUCGCUGCAGGAGGAGCUGGAGACGGUCCGUCAAGAACUGGGGAAGAGCAAACAGAUGGUUACUGAGCUGAACGAGAGAAACGCACUCCUGGUGAGCGAGAAAGAGGAAAUUAAGAAGCUGAUCCAGGAACGGGAGUUAACAGAAAAGUUGGACUCGACCAAAACAGAAAAGUUGGACUCGACCAAUCAGGAGAUCACUGAGCAGCUUCAAUCACAACUGAACGAGGAACGCUUCCGAUACCAGAACCUUCUGACCGAGCAUCUUAAACUAGAGGAGCGCUACGCUGAUCUGAGAUCAGAAAAAGAACCUGCCGCAGAUCUCUCCCAGCUUGGUCAUAACCGAGCAGACUCCGGUUACAGCUGCAGCCAAUCAGAGAACGUCAACCUCUCUGACCUCACGGGGUCAGAGGUCAGUUUGCUGGUUAAAGAGGACGCUGCGCAGACGGCAGGAGACGUGUCCCUCCUGUUGAAACUACAGAGGAGAGUUACUGAGCUGGAGAAUGAGAAGAUGGACCUGCAGAGUGAGAUGGACAGCAAAGAAGAGCAGACACAACAGGAGAGGACGAAAGAACUUGAAGCAUGUCAGAGAGUUUUAGGGGCUGAGAGAGAUUUCGAAGCCUUGAAGCGUCAGGAGCUGGAGUCUGACAAUAAGAAACUGAAGAAGGAUCUUCAGGAUCUCCGUCAGUCUCUCGGUAAGGGGGCGGGGUCAAAGGCGGCACCCCCUGGAGGUCAGGCCUAUAACGUGGUCCUGGAGCAGCUCAACUCCACCAAUGAGGAGCUUGAGGUGCGAAAGGAGGAGGUGCUUAUACUUAGAUCUCAGCUGGUCAGCCAGGAGGUCUACAAAUACAAGGAAAGAGAAGGUGAUUCGGGUGACUCGAGCAGAUCGCCCACGUUUGAUCUUCACGAGCUCAAUGAGGAUGGAGAGCUCUGGAUGGCUUAUGAGAGCCUGAAGGAGACAAACAGGUUACUGGAGACACAGUUACAAACUCAGGGAGACUCCCAUGAGAAGGAGGUGGUGAGCAUGAGGGCGGAGCUUCAGCGGUUGAGGGCGGAGCUCGAGCAGCAGCAGCAGAUGCUGUCGGACAGUCUGGAGCUUCCGCAAGAUGCCCGGAUACAAGCGAGCCUUCAGCACGAGAUCAGUCGCCUCGCGCAGCAAAACAUGGACCUUUUGGAGCAGAUGGGGAAACAGGACAAAAUGAUCCGCAAAUUAAAGAAACACUUGAAGAACUAUACGAAAAAGUUCGGGGAGGCUGAAGAUCAGUUCUCUCCAGAGAGUCAGGUGGGCGACAGCGGUCGCACGGUCAGUAUCGUUCGUAAAGAGAGAGACUUCCGGGGCAUGCUGGAGUACAGAAGAGAGGACGAGAACAAACUGCACAAAACUCUUAUCACAGAGCUCAAACCCAAAGGCGUGGCGGUCAAUCUGAUCCCAGGUCUGCCCGCUUACAUUCUCUUCAUGUGUCUGCGGCACGCCGACUACGCCAACGAUGACCAGCGGGUCUCCACCCUUCUGAACUCCUCCAUCUACGCCAUUAAGAACGUGCUGAAGAAAAGGGGAGAUUUUGAAACCAUUUCUUUCUGGUUGGCAAACACCUGUCGAUUCUUACAUUGUCUCAAGCAGUACAGUGGAGAAGAGGAAUACACAAAGUACAACACGCCUCGGCAGAACGAACACUCCCUGACAAAUUUUGACCUCUCCGAGUACCGUCAGGUUCUGAGCGAUCUGGCCAUUCAGAUCUACCAACAGCUCAUCAAAGUCAUGGAGAAUAUUCUACAGCCCAUGAUCGCUCCAGCUAUGUUGGAGCAGGAGACCAUCCAGGGUGUGAUGGGUGUCAAACCCACCGGCAUGAGGAAACGUACGUACAGUUUCCCCGAGGACAACUCUCACACUCUUGAGUCGGUUUUAAAACAGCUGGAUGUGUGUUACUACACGCUGCUGCAGCACGGCAAUGACGGCGAGCUGGUGCGACGUGUCAUCAAACAGCAGUUUUACAUCAUCUGCUGCGUCACGCUGAACAACCUGCUGCUGCGCAAAGACAUGUGCUCCUGGAGUAAAGGCCUGCAGAUCAGGUAUAAUGUCUGUCAGUUGGAGGAGUGGCUGCUGGAUAAAGACCUUCAGGGCAGUGGAGCACGUGAGAGUUUGGAGCCUCUGAUCCAGGCCGCUCAACUUCUUCAGAUCAAAAAGAAGAGCCAGGAUGAUGCUGAGGCCAUCUGUACUAUGUGUACUGCGCUCACAACACAACAGAUUGUGAAGAUUCUCAGCUUGUACACACCAGUGAAUGAGUUUGAGGAGAGAGUAUCUAUAUCAUUCAUCAAGUCCAUACAGACUUUAUUGAAGGAUCGCAAGGAAUCUUCUCAGUUGCUGAUGGAUGCUAAGAUCAUCUUCCCAGUUACUUUUCCCUUCAACCCUUCACCUGUAGCCCUGGAAACCAUCCAGCUGCCCAGCAGCCUCAAUCUGAACUUCCUCACACGGGUUUGAAAAGAGACUAGUGAUGUCACACAGGUACCUGCAAAUCAGAACAAUGUUCAUCUGCAAACCAAAGGCGUUGGAUAUUGUAGCUACACCCUCUGAACACAGAAUUUUGUCACUUUUUAGAACUAUAAGCACAUUUCACUGUUUGUUUGUCAUACAUUUAUGAGACACUUGUAAAGGUUUGUAAAUGUUGGAAGGUUUUGUCAUGAUUUAACAUGUGUGUGUGUAUAUAUAUAUACUGUAUAGUCUAGAAAUAGUCUUUGUAUUACAUGUGCAUUCUUUUGUGGGGUUAAAAAUAUCUGUCAUAUAUUCAACCCUUUUUUGGCCCUGAUCUAGGAAUAUCAAGUAUUUUCUAUGCAAAGUUUAUGAAAAAAAGUGUUGACACAAUAUAUGAAGUCACUUAUAGUGUGGCAUAUAGUGUAGAUUGUUUGUAACUUGUGCAUUGUAAAAUGAAAUGUCAUUAUAUCUUAAACCAUGCUUAUUAACCCAGUAAACUGCAUUAAAGUCAAAGGACUCAAAGUUGUAAUCAUUUAAAUUUAUUUGUAGACUUUUUUGUCCCCACAAAACCGAUGAAAAAACGGGCUACAAAUUAUGUUAAGGUGUUAACUAAAACUACAGAAUCACUAAGAACUGCAGAUGGAAAAUCAAUUUGCUUAAGAUUGUGAGAUGAAGAAAUUAGAAAUAUAUUUAAAAUAUGGUAUACAUAUGACUGCAUGACAUGAUUAAAAACAUCAUUAAGGCAUAACAUUUACACUGUAAUUCAUUGGGUCUGUUC